GCGUGGGCGCCGCCCGUCGAGCCCGGGCCGCGGGAGUGGGCGCAGGGCGCGCGGGGCCGCGCGACGCUCACCAGGUCGCUGCAGCAGCCCCUGCGGCUCCUGCUGGACCAGCAGCGGGAGGCCGCGGUCGCCGAGGAGGGCCCGGGCGAGGGCUCCGAGGACGACGGGGAGGAGGUCGGCGGCGAGCAGGACAGCCGCCGUCGUCUCGGCGGGCCCUCCUCCGACCAGCCCCCUGGGCGGCUCAGAGCCGCGCGCUCUGCUGCCGCUGCCCGCGUUGCUUCCCGUGCCAGAGCCUUGGCGCGCGGAGGCGCAGGCGGAGGUGCCGAUCCAGGUGGCGCCAGUGCUCAUCGCUCCGAGGAUCACCAUCACUGCUUUUGGGGAGGCGGGCGCCGCCUGCGCUGACGAGGCGAGCACCGUCGGCCUCUCGGCGCCGCGGAUCCUGGUCACCCCGAGCAGCGAGCAGGGCGGGCACUACGUAGACGAGGUGAAGCGGAGGCUCUCCGCCAUGGGCUCCCGGCGCGUGUCCGUGUCGGGCUUUGACAGCAUGCCCCUGACGCUCGGCGAUCUCGGCGUGGAGGGCAGGUUCUCGCGCAGGGGCAGCAUGGCCGCCGGCACGGAAGGGCAGCAUGGCCACCGCGGGAGCGUGACGGCGGCAAUGCGGCGCCGGGUGAGCGAGCUGGCCCAGGAUUCCGGCAUCGGCGCACCGCUCGCUGGCGCCAGCAUGGACAAGGACAGGUACCUCGUUGUGCAGGAGAACGCCCGCCGUGGCAGCAGCAGUGCCGCGGACGCCGGCACGGUGAUGGUGCGCGGCGGCAGGGCGCUGUACCGCGCGGCGAAUGAGUCCUGGUCGGACAAGAGGCACGCGCCCGAUGGCCUCGCCGUCCCUGGGGCGCCAGGGUCCCGCCGAGCCUCCGUAGCUGACAGCGCCGCCGGCUCGCCGUGGGGCGGACUGGCAAGGACCGUGGGCGAAGACGAGGACGGGAACCCGGUGAUCUUCGUGGACCUCACCCUGCGCGUCUCCCUCCACGGCUCCUGCGAGAUGGACCCGUCGCGGCGCGGCUCCUUCCAGGCCGGCCUCUUCGACAGGUACCUGGACGGCUCGCGGCGUGCGAGCUCGGUGGGCCUAGCCAGUGACGUCCAGCAGGCCCUGCAGCGCGGCCUGGCGGCGGAGCCGACGCCGGGCCGCGGCCCGCUCUUCGGCCGCCGCCCCUCGAACCUGGGCGUCGCGGGCGUGCCGCCUCUGGCGGGGUCCCGGCGAGGCUCGGGGGCGGCGCUGGCGGCGCCGGAGGAGUCGCUGGGCGCGGGGCCGCUGCUGGGCUACGGGGGUCCCGGGCUGCGACGCCCCAGCCUCGGCGCUGGUGCGGCCGGGGACCGCCGGGGGAGCCUGGGCAUCGCAGAGGGGCACCGGACCAGCCUGAUGGCGCCUGGCGUGGGGAACCGGCGCGCCAGCGUCGGCUCGCGGCGCGGGAGCGUCAUGAUUAUGCCGACGGUCUUGGACACGGGUGACCAGGACGAGGACGAGGAGGAGACGGUGGAACCGGUGGAUGCGGGUGGCAUCAAGUGGACCGUGCCAACGGUGGCGCUCAUGGAGGAAAGUGCGUCGGACAAGGAGGGCGGCACCGCCGACGACGAGGAGGCCGCGUCGGAGCACUGGGGCCCGGGGAAGAGCGACGGCGCCGGCAGCACCAGGGAGCAGCGCGGGCAGGGCUCCAGCGAGGGGAGCUCGUCCGAGGUGUGGGUGAACAAGAACGCCGGGACGGCCGAGAAGGAGUGCAGCGGCAGCGUCCUGACCAGCAGCGGCGGGGACAACGCCGACUCGGCGCAGGGUGACCCCGCUGCCGUCUCGAGGAGGUGGCCGACCGACGACCACGAGGCCGGCAAGCGCACCCUGUUCUCGCGCAUGCUCGGGGGGGCGCCCGAGGAGGAGGCAGACUCCGGCGUCCAGACGCCCGCGCCGUCGGAGGCCUCCUCCUCUGGCUUCGUGUCCCUCUGCGACGUGCCGUUCACCCGCGACAUCGACCUCGAGGCGCUCUCGCCCUGCGCGGGCUCGCCCACGGGCCGGGAGGGCCGGGAGGACGCCGCCGCGUUCCCCGACCUCGCGAGCAGCUCCGCCCUGCGCCGGCGCACCACCAUGGCCACCAGCGUGGCUGGAGGGCACGCCACGGGGGGUUACAAGCCGCUGUCGACGGUGUCGCACGGCGGGCGGGCGCGCAAGUACCCGAACACGCCGCUGUCCAUGGUGUGCCUCGAGGACCUGCCCUGCGGCGACUUCCUGCUGGUGGGCCUCGUCUUCGCGCCCACGCUCCUGAAGGUGAUCCCCCCGAAGCACCACGAGCCCGACGUGGGGGGCCGCUUCAACGCCCUGCCGAUCGACUCGCGGCGGUUCCUCCUGGCAGACGAGGCCUCGCACCAGAUCUGGCUGGUGAACUGCGCCGCGAAGACGCGCGCGCACGUGGCCGGCUGCGGCAAGCGGGGCUACCUCGACGGGCCGCUGGGGACGUGCCGCAUGCACUCGCCGUGCUCCCUGGCCCUGGACCCCCACACGCAUCACAUCUACGUCGCGGACAAGGGGAACCACGCCAUCCGCAGGCUGGACCUGCAGAGCGGGCUGGCGUCCACCGUGGCGGGCAGCGGCUGCCGGGGCAGCCGCGAUGGCUCCGACCGCCGCUGUCAGGCCCUCGACUCGCCCUUCGAGGUGUCGUUCGCGGCCCCGCACCACCUCGUCAUCUCGUGCGCCGACAAUUCCGUGCGCAGCCUUGACCUCAGGACGGGGCACCUGGACGGGGCACCUGGCCACGCUGCUGAUCGGAGCCUGAGGCGGCGCGGCGCGCGCGCGCGCGCCUCCGCUGCGGAGCCCGCGGCGCCGCCGAGUCCGCUGCCGACCGCCGAGGCCGCCGCCGAGGAGCCCGGCGAGAGAGCUGCGCGGAGCGAGCUCGGAGCCAGCCUGAGAGCUCUCCGUGUGCGUCUUAGAGCUGCGGCCGCGAG